AUGGUAAUGAAUGCAGAUGAAACAUUACCUUCGAUGUUACCCUCAACACCAACUUCUGUUGCUGUGAAUGACUUGGAUAGGCAAAUCGAAACAUUGAUGAGGUGUGAAUGUAUCUCAGAGCAAGAAGUAAAAUCAUUGUGUGCCAAAGCACGUGAAAUCCUUUUACAGGAAGGCAACGUGCAAGUUGUUGAUUCUCCUGUUACGAUAUGUGGCGAUAUCCAUGGUCAGUUUUACGAUUUAAUGGAAUUAUUCAGGGUUGGUGGCCAGGUUCCUGACACUAAUUAUCUUUUCCUCGGCGACUUUGUUGAUCGUGGUUUUUAUUCUGUUGAGACAUUUCUGUUACUAUUAGCCUUAAAAGUGCGAUAUCCCGAUAGGAUGAUGCUGAUAAGAGGGAAUCAUGAAUCGCGACAAAUAACUCAAGUGUAUGGAUUUUACGACGAAUGCUUGAGGAAAUACGGUUCAUCAGCCGUAUGGAGGUGUUGCACUGAAGUAUUCGAUUGUCUAAGUCUUUCUGCAGUUAUUGCGGGUAAGGUAUUUUGUGUGCAUGGUGGCUUAUCACCAUCAAUACAAAAUCUUGAUCAAAUCAGGACGAUCGAUAGGAAGCAAGAGGUACCUCAUGAUGGCCCAAUGUGUGAUUUGUUAUGGUCAGAUCCUGAAGAGAGUGUCGGUUGGGGUGUUAGUCCUCGAGGUGCUGGCUAUCUAUUCGGCUCUGACGUUGUUAAGGCUUUCUGUCAAGCAAAUGGUGUAGAUUUGAUUUGUCGGGCUCACCAGCUUGUUAUGGAAGGUUAUAAAUGGCAUUUCGGUGAAACUGUUUUAACGGUCUGGUCGGCACCUAAUUAUUGCUACCGAUGUGGGAAUGUAGCGGCUAUUUUGGAACUUGAUGAACAACUAAACAAAGAUUUCACCAUUUUCGAAGCUGCACCACAGGAAAAUCGCGGUGCUCCAGCGAAAAAGCCUCAGCCGGACUACUUUCUGUGA